UUUAUGGUAUUUCGUCAAAGCCGCAUCAAUCGUUACCCAAAUUCCUGUCGUUUAGUUCGUUUCCGGUCCGAACUGUGCCAUAUGGCAUAUGGGAGCAAGAGUUGAGGGUCUCUUCAUCCUCUCCAGCCUUCGAUUCCAUCUCCUUUCCUUUAUAAGUGUCGAGCGAUCUCCAUGGCAAUUUGGAAGACCAGCUAAAAUUUCAGAUCUUUAUAGGAUUUCAUCUUGCCAUUACAGUAUUUUUUUCGUUCAACAAGUGAUAAGUUGUCACUUUCUUUAUAGAUUAGAAAAAGAGAGAGUAGGUUAGGACGCGCAAAAGAUGAGGAAGGUGGUGAUCGGAUCGGCGGUGAUAUGCGCGGCGACGGCGUGUGCGGUGGCAGCGCUUAUCGUGAAACACAGGAUGAAGAAAUCGGGGCGGUGGGCUAGGGCGGAGGCGAUCGUAAAUGACUUCGAGGAGAAGUGCGCAACCCCGAUCGGGAAGCUGCGGCAGGUUGCCGAUGCGAUGAUGGUAGAGAUGCACGCUGGCCUUGCAUCAGAAGGUGGGAGCAAGCUGAAGAUGCUCAUCUCUUACGUCGAUAGCCUUCCGAAGGGGGACGAGAAAGGCUUGUUUUAUGCGUUGGACCUUGGAGGAACAAACUUCCGUGUAAUACGCGUGCAGUUGGGGGGAAAAGAGCGAGGUGUUAUCAAUCAGGAGGCUGAAGAGGUCUCUAUUCCUCCACAUUUGAUGGUUGGAAGCUCCUUUGAAUUAUUUGAUUUCAUUGCUUCAGAGGUAGCAAGGUUUGUUACUUCUGAAAGUGAAGAAUAUCAGCUUCCUGCAGGCAGGCAGAGAGAGCUUGGAUUUACUUUCUCUUUCCCAGUGAGGCAGACUUCGCUUGCUUCUGGAACUCUGAUCAAAUGGACAAAGGGUUUCUCUAUUGAGGAAACGGUUGGAGAAGAUGUUGUCUCUGAGUUGACAAAAGCCAUUGAAAGACAAGGUCUUGAUUUGCGUGUUGCUGCACUUGUAAACGAUACAGUUGGGACACUAGCUGGGGGACGGUAUUAUGAUAACGAUGUUGUUGCUGCUGUUAUUUUGGGUACUGGAACAAAUGCAGCAUAUGUGGAGCGUGCACAUGCUAUUCCGAAGUGGCAUGGCCUGUUACCAAAAUCAGGAGAGAUGGUAAUUAACAUGGAAUGGGGAAAUUUCCGAUCAUCUCACCUUCCCUUGACCGAAUAUGAUCUGUCCUUAGAUACUGAAAGUUUGAACCCGGGGGAACAGAUAUUUGAGAAGCUGAUUUCAGGUAUGUAUUUAGGAGAGAUUCUAAGAAGAGUCCUCUUGAGUUUGGCAGAGGAAGCUUCUUUCUUUGGAGAUACUGUUCCUCCAAAACUUAUGGUUCCAUUUAUACUACGGACACCGCACAUGUCUUCAAUGCAUCUAGAUACAUCAUCGGAUCUCAGAGUAGUUGCGAGCAAGUUGAAGGAUAUAUUGGGGAUUUCAAAUACCUCCUUUAAAACAAGGAAAAUGAUUGUCAAACUCUGUGACAUCAUCGCCAAACGUGGAGCCCGCUUAUCAGCUGCUGGCAUUUUUGGCAUUCUUAAAAAGCAGGGAAGGGAUGUUCUUGCCACAGAGAAGCAGAGAACGGUGGUUGCUUUGGAUGGUGGACUGUUUGAACACUACACCACAUUCAGGAAAAUCUUAGAGAGCACUCUCGCGGAGAUGCUCGGCAAAGAAGCUGCUUCUUCUGUUAUCAUAAAGCAUGCCAACGAUGGCUCUGGUAUUGGAGCUGCUCUCAUUGCAGCCGCACACUCACAGUAUCUUGAGCUGGAUUCAUCUUAGCUUCCUCUUCAUUCUAUGAUCUCUCACAUCCUUUGCUUCCCUCCAUUUUUUUGGGACUUUUAAUUUAAAAAUAGCUUGGGACGAAACAAGCAUUUUGGCUUUGUUUGGGACGGCUUUCUUAAUGCUUGUUAAAACAGCUUUUUAGUAUAAAAAUUAUAAUUUUUAAACUAAAAAGCUGUUUUAAAAAGCAAUAAAAAAGCCGUCCCAAGCGAAGGGUUCAUCUUUAAAUAGAGCAAGUCAUGAGGUAGCCAGAAUGUAUGGAACAGUAAUAAAGCUGUGGCCAGAAGUCAUUCCAGCGUGCAAAUCCUCCAGUCUUUACUGUAGUUGGGAAUCGUCUGUCACCGAAGUGUGACAUAAAAGGCAGGUUAAGUGUAUUUGCCUCAUUACCUAUGGUGUAUUUUCAUUACACUUUUUGCUCUGAUCCUUUUGUAUAAUUUAAUUUAAGAAGAAUAGCGGGAACUUUGUUGUGUUUUUGUUCAAUAAAAGUUGGGACAGUUUGUUGAAUGGGAAGAAGUUGGAGGAGAUUUCCUAUUUGAGUCCAA